AUGACAACGGCAGCUGAUGCGUUGGCUGCGGCCAAUGCGGCGACGGCCGCCAUUACGGCUAAUGACGCUCGCAUCGACGCCAUAGAACAAGGCCAGACGACCAUUGCACCCCAGCUGACGACCUUGACGGCGCAACUUCAAGCUUUUCUCACAGCCGGUGGUGGCGCUGGUGGAUCUGUUGGCGGCGGCGCGGGUGGUGGCGCUAGUGGGGGAGGCAGCGGUGGCGCUAGUGGCGGUGGUGGUGGUGCCGGCAGCAGCGGCGUUGGUGUUGGUACCGGUGGCGUUGCUGGGCAUGCGGUUCCACAUCCGAGGCGGCGGCUCGAUCCAUCUGGAAUGGAUAAGCUUCACGGCGAUAUCACUAUUUCGCUACUGCGUUCUUGGAGAAAUCGGUGGAAUGAUUUCGCAGAGUUGAACCAGCUUCUCACGUAUCCGGUCACGGAACAGAUGGCCGCUUUUCGCAUGGCCCUAGACUCUACGAUGCAACAGGUGGUAGAAGUGGCAUUGGGGAUCACACCCGCAACAGUUACGACCCCCAACCAAGUGCUCGACCUCAUCGCGGAUUACAUCCGGGCGAAACGCAAUGUGGCACUAGACCGAGUGGCGUUUGAAGAACGUCGUCAAGGUCCAUCAGAAUCGUUCGAUGAUUUUUACAUCGGCCUGCGCCGUCUAGCAGAAGCAGCAGAUUUAUGUGGUGCGUGUUCCGAAACGAGACUGGUGACUCGUAUCAUCGCCGGGACGCGCGACGCUGAGACGAAGAAGAAAUUAUUGGCCAUCAGUCCUUUCCCCUGUUUGCAGGUGGCGGUCAACAUUUGUCGCAGCGAAGAGUCGGCCCGUGCGAACGAGCGCACCCUGAGUGGACAAUCCGGUGUUGCAGCUAUUCACCCCAAGAACGGCAAGGUUGACAAUCGUUCAUUGAACGAGUGCGGCACGUGUGGCCGCUCGACCCAUGUGAAUGGGGCGACAUGUCCGGCGAUGGGCAAGAAUUGCCAUGCAUGUGGAAAGCCUGAUCAUUUUUCUCCCAGAUGCCCCACUCGCGACAAAGGGAAAUUCGGGGCAAAUGGAGGAAUGGGCGUCGGAUCUAAAUCCAAAAUGGCCCACAUAACCAUCGGAAAUGUCCAAGAUACUCAUCGGCGGCGCUGCUCUCCGACCAUAUUGUUGGACGUGAUUCGUGACGAUGGCAGUGUCGGUGCUCAAAUCAGUGACGUUAUUCCCGAUCCAGGUGCUGAGGUCAGUGUCGGUGGCCGCGACGUUAUGGCAGCUUUGGGGCCUAUGGAAAAGGAUCUGGCGGCUUCGUCAUUUGACCUAGUGAUGGCCGACAGAUCCUCUCCGUUGUUAUCCAUCGGACAGCGAGACAUUCAUAUCCGGUAUGGAGAUCGGAGCGCUCAUAUCACGAUUGUGUUCUGCCCGGAAAUCCGCGGCAUGCUCUUAUGCCGGUUGGAUUGCGUCGAAUUAAAUAUUUUGCAUCGACAAUACCCGAAGCCGCUGUCUCGAGUGCGUUCGGUUACGUUUUCAUUGCCGGAGGAAAAUCCACCAAGUGACACAACUUCCACUUCAUCUGGCGGGACGUUUCUCAAGGAUAUUUACAUCCCCAUGGAGCCUACCGCGGAGCAGAUUUCGACCAUCGAGGCGGCUAUCAGCGCCGAGUUUGAAGUGGUUUUUAACCAGGAAGAGGGGUUACGCAAAAUGGCAGGCCCGGAUAUGGUAAUUCAGCUCCGCGACGAUGCAGUCCCAUUUUAUGUCAAUGGUGCGCGACCCAUUGCUUUCGGGGAUCGUUCUGACGUGAAACGUGUGCUAGACGACCUGGUGGCGAAAAAGGUGAUCGUGGCAGUUAGCGAGGCGUCAGAGUGGGCCGCUCCAUUAGUCGUCAUUCGGAAUGCAAAAACUGGAAAAAUUCGUAUAUGUGUCGAUCAUACACGCCUAAACAAAUUCGUGUUACGGCCUACCCAUCCAACGCGUACACCACGCGACGCGGUAGCGGAAGUGGAUAGUGAAAGCCGAUAUUUCACAAGCUUCGAUGCGGCCAACGGGUAUUAUCAGAUACCCCUCCAUCCCUCCUGCCAACAUCUGACUACGUUUAUGACCCCCUGGGGUCGAUACAAAUUCCUUCGCGCGUCCAUGGGAUUAUGUUGUUCCGGGGACGAGUACAAUCGGCGAGCGGAUGUCGCGUUUGCAGCAUUGUCUAACACCGUGAGAGUGGUUGACGACUUGCUGCGAUUUGACCGGACAUUUCCAGCCCACGUCGCGGGAGUAUGUGCAGUAUUGCAGGCAGCGCGGACGGCAGGAAUCACCUUCAGUAAGGAGAAAUUUCGGUUUGCUCAAUCCCGCAUUUCUUGGGUCGGAUAUGAUAUCCGGCACGGCGGCAUCACCAUCGAGGAAGAAAAACUCAAAGCGCUGUCGCAUUUUCCCAAGCCAACCAACGUAUCAGAGCUGCGUUCUUUCAUGGGGUUGGUUGAACAAUUGGCGGGAUUUUCUACUGAAGUGGCGGCGGCCAAGAGUCCCCUUCGUCCACUUCUCAGCACGCGCAAUCCUUUCGUAUGGACCGAAGAUCAUGAUCGGUCUUUCGAGGCUGUAAAACUGGCCCUUAUCUCUCCGCCUGUGUUGGUGCACUUCGACCCCAUGCGUGAAACGACAAUCCAGGUCGAUGCCUCGCGCAAACACGGUAUGGGAUAUGCGCUUUUACAACGACAUGGCGAUUCCUGGAAGCUGGUGGACGCCAAUUCUCGCUGGUGCUCGGAUACGGAGUCGAGAUAUGCAGUGGUGGAACUUGAGUUGGCAGCGGUGGAAUGGGCAAUCCGGAAAUGCCGACUUUACUUAUCCGGAUUACCCAAUUUUACAUUGGUGGUGGAUCACCAAGCAUUGGUGGCCAUAUUGGAUCGAUACAUAUUGGAUGCUAUCGAUAAUCCCAAGAUCCAGCGCCUGAAGGAGCGUCUCUCCCCGUACGCCUUCACAACGAUAUGGCGGAAGGGAAAAGACCACGCUAUUCCCGAUGCAUUAUCGCGGGCACCUGUGAAUGAUCUGGCGGUGGACGAUGAAUGCGUCGGAGCGGAGUUGGCGUAUUCCGUGCGUCGCAUCACACUUCAAGGCAUCAGCAGCAUUUGCAGCCCACAUGACGAGUCGGAUCUCUCGAGCCAUUUGACGGAUAAUCUAUUCGAAAACUUGCGAGUGACGGCAUCAGCGGACCCCCAUUACGUCGAUCUGGUGGCCGCCGUAGAAUCCGGAUUUGCUGUCGACCGUGCGCGCACCCCCGAUCACAUCCGGCAAUUCUGGUCGAUUCGGAAUCAUUUAUCAGUGGAUAACGGCAUCGUCCUAUACGGUUCACGAAUCGUUGUACCCAUGGCGGCACGUCAGGACAUGUUGAACAAGCUGCAUGCGGCUCACCAGGGCAUUGUCAGGACGAAAAGGCGCGCCCAGCAGACGAUCUACUGGCCUGGAAUCACGAAUGAUGUGACCAUGCUCAUCGAGCGAUGCGCUACAUGCCAGGAGCGUUUGCCGAGCCAUUGCCAGGAGCCGAUGAUGUCCGACCCGCCACCAACAUACGUUUUCCAAGAGGUGUCUGCAGAUUUAUUUCAGCACGGAUCACUACAUGUGCUGGUGUACGCCGACAGGCUAUCCGGUUGGCCGGUGGUACAUCAAUGGCGACGCGAUCCGACUGCACGUGAAGUGGUGCAAGCCGUUGUAAGUAAUUUCGUGGAACUGGGUGUGCCGAUGCGCUUCCGAUCGGAUGGCGGCCCCCAAUUCAGUGCCGGAAUUUUCCAGGAGGCUCUGAAGCGGUGGGGGGUCGAAUGGGGCAAUUCGUCGCCACAUUACCCCCAAAGCAAUGGGCAUGCUGAAGCGGCGGUGAAGGCGGUAAAGGAGUUGGUGGCAAAGCUAGCCCCAUCAGGCGACUUAACAUCGGAAGCCUUCCUCACCGGACUCCUAGAAUUCCGUAAUAUGCCACAUGAAAGUGGUUUGUCGCCGGCCCAGAUAGUGUUCGGUCAUCAACUUCGGUCUAUCAUACCAGCCCACCGAUCAUCAUACGCAAGCCAAUGGAAAGAAGCGAUAGCGGCACGGGAGCACAAGGCGGCAGCUGAUGCUGCAGUCCGCUUUCGUUACGACGCCAGGACGCGCCCUCUCCGUCCGCUAUCCAUCGGUUCGUCGGUAAGAGUGCAAGACCCGGACACAAAAUUAUGGGACCGCGUUGGUGUAAUAGUGGCGAUCGGGCGAUACCGCUCGUAUCGCAUCAAAUUUGCGAGUGGCAGCGUUUUGUGGCGAAACAGGCGAUUCCUCCGCUUGUUGGUUCCAGCGACAUCGGCGGAGGAGGUGGAAUCAUCUUCCACGAACGGUGCUGGAGGUGAAACGGCAGCAGGCGAUCCCGAUUACACGUCUACUGGGCAGCGACCACUACCGGCCCCAUCGGGUGCGACGCCUCGCAGAAGCCCCCGCACACGCAAGCCGCGAGUCAUUAUUUCUGUUUAA